UACUCUGAAACCUGCAUGGACUAAUGAUUAGUCGAUGCUUGUGUUAUGAAAUUUUAUGAUUAGAGAGAAUAAAUCCAUGCAAACUUAACGAAAUUAAAAAUGUUUUUGACUAAAAGAAAACUAGAAAUCUAGAACACUACAUAAUUAAUUUUGUAUAAACCAUCCAUGACCCAUGCAUAUAAUUCCAUUGCCAUAUUUGUGUAUAAGAGAAGGUUUAAAUUUGUUGCCAAAAGAAAUAAAAAGAGUGAAAUUUCUUGCCAAGAGAAAAAGAAGUAAUUCAAAGAGAGAAAUUAUUAGAAUCUUGUUAAGGAAAGUAAUAUUAACUUUUAUUAGUAAUAAAAAUGUGAUAUACGAAUAGCAAGAACAAUGAAUAAUUUUGAUGUUGACAAAUGACAAAAGUAAUUAAUGAAAAUUAAUUGUGUUUGUAUAUUUUUCUUGACUUGAAAAUAUGUUUUAAUUUUUAACCAAAAGAGCUUACUGUUCAAACUUUUCUCCAGAUCAUUCUUAUAAAAAAAUUGCUCUCCAAGACAUUCUUGCUCCGUGAUCGUUUGGAUUCCACUGAUUGAUGCAAAAACUGAUUCAUCUUUUUUGAGUGAAUGAUCAUGGCUGUCCCGGAAAAUGCUGAUGUGAUGAAAAUGGACUCUUCUGGUCAGAGUCAAGACAAAAACAACGUCUUAGAAGCUGAUACGAAGCCGCCAUGUUCUGAUGAUCACAAGAGCCCUGAAUCCAAUUCCUCUGUUGAGACAUCAAACCCAACAAAGGACCAGAACAGUGAAGGGACUCUGAAGAGUGAGAUAAGUCAUUUGGAUGUUAAGUUUUCUAAGUUGAAUCCGAUGGCUAAGGAAUAUGUUCCACAUUCACUUGCUCAAGCCCACUCUGGGUUUGUGAGUAAUAUGGUUUGGCUUAACAACAUGCAAACUAUUCCUGCUGUGGAGAAUGGCCAUUUUGAUACAAGGAGAGGGAACUUUGGCCAAGGGAAAGGAUGGACGAGCAGAGAAACAAGCUUGGCUCAGAAUACAGAUGUAAUCAGGAGAACUGUAUAUGUCUCAGACAUUGAUCAACAGGCUACUGAGGAGCAACUUGCCCGUCUCUUUCUUUCUUUUGGUCAGAUUGUUGAUUGUCGUAUCUGCGGUGACAGUAACUCUAUUCUUCGUUUUGCCUUCAUUGAGUUCACUGAUGAAGAGGGAGCUAGGUCUGCUUUAACAAUAUCGGGUACUCUGUUUGGUUCUCAUCCUAUUAAGGUUCUUCCCUCCAAAACAGCUAUUGCACCUGUUAACCCAACGUUCCUCCCAAGGUCUGAGGAAGAGCGCGAGAAAUGUGUGAAGACUGUUUACUGUACUAAUAUUGACAAGGAGGUCACACAAAGGGAACUGAAAGAUUUCUUUAGAACAGCCUGUGGGGAGAUUCAACAUUUGAGGCUUCUUGGAGACUAUCAUCACCAAACCCGCAUUGCUUUUAUUGAAUUUACUCUGGCGGAAAGUGCAAUCUCUGCUCUUAAUUGCACCGGUGUUGUCUUGGGCGGGCUCCGUGUAAGGGUAAGCCCGUCGAAGACGCCAGUAAGGCCACACCCCAAUGAUUUAAACUAGAGUUUAAUCACAGCCCGAUCACAGAGAUCAGGUCAAGAAGAGAAAGAGAGAACAAAACUCAUUUUAAGAUAAUACUUAAGUCGUUUUCUGUUCGUAUAAACAUUCUCUUGUUUCUUUACUUGGCAGGUCUUUUUAGAUCCCUCAGUAAAACUUUAAGCUAGACUUUCUCCUUCUAUUGUUUUUGUUGUUGGAAACCUCCCUUUGGUUAUCUUUAUGGAACAUUUAAAAUGAUACAUGUUGGAUACAUGUCAAAUCGUUUCACUGA